AUGGCGACCGUGAGCACGACAGACGAGGAGACAGCUCGACGGGAGCAGCAUGCCAAGGCGAUGGCGGCCAAGCUGGCCCAGAUGAAGGUGCCGGAUGACUGGAAGAUCCUGCCGGCCGACCCCAACUACAAGAACCCCCUGGUGCGCCACUUCCGCCACCGUGGCACCGUGCUCACCAACUACCACCUGGUCAACGGCUGCGUCGAGCACUGGGCACGCUUCCAGGCGCGUCCCACGGACAUCUUCGUGGCCAGCUUCCCCAAGUCGGGCACCACCUGGCUGCAGGAGAUCGUGUGGAGGAUCGUGCACGGCGAGACAGGCGCCGGGGGCAAGGCCGACACGCCGCUUGAGUAUCGCUUCCCCCUCCUGGACAUGCCGUCGGCGGUGAACAUGGAGAUGCGCUCCGUCCACGAGAUGGACGACCCGCGCCUCAUCAAGACGCACCUGACGUACGACCUGCUGCCGCCCAGCGUGCACACCAGCGGCACCAAGGUGCUCUACGUCACUCGCGACCCCCGCGAUGUCUGCGUGUCCUACUACCACUGCACCCGCAUGGUCAACUACGAGAAGUACCGCGGCACCUUCCCGGAGCUCCGCGACCGCUUCGUGCGGGGCGAGGUGAUGCACGCGCCCUACCGCGAGCACGUGCAGGGCUACCUGCGUCACGCCGACACCGUGCUCUGCGUGACGUACGAGCAGCUGCACGCUGACCGCGCGGCCGUCGUCCGUCGAGUGGCCACCUUCCUCGGGCGGCCCGCGACCGACGACCAGGUGGAGAGCAUCGUGAGUCACACCAGCUUCGGCGCCAUGAAGGAGAACCCCGGCACCAAUUUCCGCCACUGGGAGAAGAAGGGCCUGGUCACCGCCGGCCAGGAGGGCACCUUCAUGCGCAAGGGGCAGGUGGGCGACUGGAGGAACUACUUCACCGAGGAGGAGGGCGACGCCUUCCUCAAGUGGGCCAACGAGCCGGUUUGA